AUGUGGGAUGCGGACACCGAUGCCUUUGUGAAUACAUUUGCUGGCCACAGUAACACAGUGACAUGUGGUGAUUUUACACCUGAUGGUGAGCUUAUUUGUAGCGGAUCAGAUGAUGCAACACUAAGGAUAUGGGACCGUGAAAGUGCACACUGCAGCCAUGUUGUUGGAGGUCAUGGUUUUCAUACUCAAGGACUGACAUGUUUAGCUAUUACAUGGGACUCCCAAUCAAUUGUUACUGGCUCUCAGGAUAGUUCUGUGCACAUCGUGAGCAUAAAAUCAGGCCAGGUUGUCGGUGCAUUAGUUGGCCACACUAACUCCGUCGAGUGCAUUGGCAUCUCACCGAGGUACUGCUUUUUCGUGAUACGUUCUUGGAAUGAAUGUUGGCGUCUGUAUGAUAGAUCUGUUGCACAAUACAAUACAUAUGGCCUUCCUAUUGACCUAGCUAGCUUCACUCCUGUUGUCUGCAGGUACAACUGGGUGGCUACAGGGAGCAUUGAUCAGACUCUCAUCAUCUGGGACCUCACUCACCAAGCAAUUCGAUCCGUUUGCGAGCAUGAUGACGGUGUGACUUGCCUGGCGUGGAUAGGUUCGUCGAGGUAUGUAGCGUCAGGAUGCAUCGACGGCACGGUGCGCGUCUGGGACAGCCUCUCUGGGGAGCUGGCUCGCAUACUGAGCGGGCACCGUGAUGUCGUGCAGUCGCUGGCCGUCUCCGCCGAUUGCAACUCCAUUGUCUCGGUCUCCUCGGAUAAGUCUGCCCGCGUCUUUGACAUAUCCAUGUUCAAGUAA